AUGGAGGAGGCGGCGUGGCGGUGUGUGCCGCUGCCUGUCGGGGAGCGCGGGCGGGCGAGGGUGGGGCUGGUGGGGCGGGAGGAGGGGCUGGAGUUGCCCGUUGCGGUGGGCGAGCCGGGCGCGGCGAAGGUGGCAGAGGCGAAGCUGAGCCUGGCGACGUCGGGCUUGACCGCGGGGCCGAUGGACGGGUUGGGGCCGACGGAAGAGCUGCUGCCGUGGCGGCGGUGGUGGCCGAAGCCGAAGUGGCGGCGGUGCUGGGGCGAGGGCGGGGCGUCGUCGAGCUGGAUCGAGGGCGGGUUGACGCGGACGAUGGUGAGCCUGCAGGAGGUUGCGCGGGACGGGUUCAUGUUGAGCUCUGUGUGGACGCCCCAGGGGUCGCUGGCACACAUGGAGCCCUUGCGGGCCUGGACGUUGGACGCGGGCGACGCAGGCGCGGGGGAGGGUUGCUGGACGGAAGGCAUGCUGGCGGAGGGGAACAGCGGGAGGGCUGCAUCGUCGUCGCUGGAGAAUAUAAACCAGAUCGGCGAGCAGGCCUGCACUUCCAGAGACCCCAGCAGACUAAUCCCCCUUUUGGGGCACGCGACCGACUGCACCAGCGCCCAGGCUAAACAAGCCCUAGCUGCCGCGCGGGCCAUGCACAGUCCCCCAGCUGUCGUUCUAGAUCUCCGAACCGCCCACGACGUGUCCACUCAAUCAAAACACCUCGGAUCUCCCCGCGCCGCCUGCGUAUUCGCAUCGAUGGCGCUGGCAAUCCCCGAACGGCACCCUAAUACUUCAAAAACUUGGACGCGCCCGUUCAAAGAGGAAGGCGUGCCCACCCGGUCCGCCCUCGUGCGCAGUGCGCAUGCGGUCAUGCCCGGCGCGCGCCCGUGGGUGGGAUUUCAGCGGCUGGGACUGCGCCGCCGAGCCAGAGCCUUGAAGGCCAGCCGCGCCGCGCGGAUGUGGCGCCACCGCGACCAGCACGGCGGGUCCGAGGCCCCACUUCCACGUCCUGCUCGUGACCGUGGACAUCGCGUUGCCCAGACCAUUCGCAUUGCUUUGACGACGCGCAUGCAGACCGCACCUCCCGGUUCUGAUCGGUGCGCACGUUUGCCUGUCGUGGGCAAGGUGCCGACCGACAGAGAUGGCCCACAAUCACCGCUGGGUGUGAACGUACUGUACAGAGGCCUGGGUCCUUCCAUAUGCGUGACGUCGUCAGCGCUGGGGGAUUCACAGCAACCUUCCCUCAUCGCGUCGCGGCGCGCUCUCGAACGAGUGUUCCAAUGCAAGCCGUGUACAGCAUCCUCCAUCAGCGUUGCAAGAGGAGCGGGCCCCACGUCGCUCCUGCGAUCGACGCGUCUCCCGUGA